AAUGCGGCGCCAACUGCAGAGCCGUACGGUUGACUUCGAUCCAUCAGAUCAAUCAAAAAACAAGUGUAGCUUGAGCGUCUGUGAGCUAACCCGAACAAAAAUAUGCCCGAAUCGAGUUUCUUUGCGAGAAGCGUGCCCUUCGAGCAAAUCGAUAAGCUGGCCAUCAGCGGCGGCUACUCCUCGAUCUAUGCCACUCGAGAGCCAGGCGUGCCCGUGGUGGGCAACUGGGAGCAGCGUUUCUGUCGUUUGGCCGACACAUUCCAGCCCGUGCUGGAUCGUGUGCAUGAGUUCGAGGUGCGCGAGGACGAUGUGUGGAUUGUAACGCUGCCCAAGUGCGGCACCACCUGGAUGCAGGAGCUGACCUGGCUGGUGCUCAAUCGUUGCGACUUUGAGACGGCCAAGAGCGUGGACCUGACCAUACGUUCCCCAUUUUUGGAAUUCAACGGAGUUGUGCCGAACGUGCCACACGACACAAUCGAGGCAGCCAACGCCUUGAGCUCGCCACGGCUGAUCAAAUCCCAUUUGCCCGCCUGGCUGCUGCCCCGCCAGAUAUGGACCAAGAAGCCGAAGAUCAUCUAUGUGUAUCGCAAUCCCAAGGAUGCGGCCGUCUCAUAUUUUCAUCAUUGGCGCGGCAUGGUCGGCUACCAAGGCACAAAGGAUGAUUUCAUGCAUUCGUUCAUCGAUGGCUAUGUGAACUUUACGCCCUGCUGGCCACAUGUCCUCGACUUCUGGCAGCUGCGCCACGAGCCGCACAUCUACUUCACCAGCUACGAGCGCAUGAAGACCCAGCUCGGCCAGGUUAUCGAAGAUGUGGCGCGUUUCCUGCAGCGUUCCGUCAGCGGUGAGCAAGUGCAGCAAAUGAAGAAACAUCUCUCCUUUGAGAGCAUGCGCGACAAUCCCGCCUGCAAUCAUGCCAAGGAGUUCGAGAGCAUGAAGGCAGCAGCCGGCCGCGAAGUGGAGGAGUUCAGUGUUGCUCCACACAGAUUUGUGCGACGCGGCGUCGUGGGCAGCCACAAGGACGAAAUGACGGCGGACGUGAUACGCGAAUUUGAUCUUUGGUCCGACGUCAACCUCCGGGACUACAAAUUGCACAUGGAUGAUUUUGCAACUUACAGCAAGUACAAUGAACAGGCAAUUCCCAAGACACUGUUGUAAGCGCGCGUCGAUUAAUCACAUCGAAUAGAUUGUAAGCUAAUGUGAUAUACGCAUACAAGCAACAGUAUGCUUAUACUACAGCUAUAUGUAUUUGUUAAUAAUAAAUGGUUUCAUACUUU